AGUCAAAGCCAUCAACACAACAAUACCAGCUCUGUGUGUGAGUGUGUGUGUGUGAGUGUAAGAGUGAGUGUGUGUGUGUGAGUGUGUCUGUGUGUGUGUGUGUGUGUGUGUUCUCUCCUUCCUGGGUCCUGCGCCGUUUUUUUUCUGCACUGCACCCGAUGAAUCGUCUCGUAACUCAUGUCCAUCAAUCAGGCCAGUGAAAUAAAGCAAGGUCAACACAAACAUUCCUCUUUCCUUUUCACUGGUAGGUUGUGACGGCGGGCGACUGCAGGUGCAACACCUGGAUGCAGCCGGAACCUCGGCUCCUCCCUCUGCCCUCGAUCUCCUCGACCACAUCUGCGUAGCGGAGCUGGGGAGUGGGCGGCCAAGCGCGUGCCGCAGCCUACAUUUCCCAGAACGCCUUGCACCGAGCGGCAGCUCAAAUUGCCGACGUGGCCAGAGACGUCUCCUCCCCGAGUUCCUGGAGUUGGAAGGCACCGGGUGGAUUCAAACUAGACGAGCCGCCUCCAGACUGCACAGCGAAGCGAAGCAUGUCCGGGAAGAUGAAGAGCAGAAGCGCGGCCAACGCGGACUCCAUCACGGGCGGCGUGACCUGCGACGAGCGCAUCCUGCGGGACUGUCACCAGCUGUACACGGAGCCGGGCAGCGGUCUGAUCUCCGUAGCCGAGUCCGUUGGAGUGAAGCUGCUGCCCCCCAGGAAGAAGAUCACUGUGAUGCUGAUGGGGAACCACUCUGCUGGGAAAAGCUCCUUCAUUAACUGGUACGUUGAGGAGCACAUCCAGCGCACCGGCGUGGCCAUCGAGACCCAAGGCUUCAGCUUCGUCACCAGUGGGAGGAAGCGAGAGUCUCUGACGGGAAACGCCACGCUGCACCUGUAUCCUCACUUCAAGCCGCUGCAGGAGUUCAGAGGUGUCUCUGAGUAUUUAAGCACGGAGAUCUGCACGUCGCGGCAGAAGAGGUUCAGCCUGGUGACGUUCGUGGACUCCCCCGGGCUGGUGGACGGAGACAUGAAGUAUCCAUUCGACGUGGAUGAGGUCAUCAUGUGGCUAGGUGACCUGUGUGACCUGAUCCUGGUCUUCUUCGACCCGAUGGGCCAGGCUCUGUGCAAGCGCACACUCAACAUCGUGGAGAAUCUGAACGAGAGCCACGGAGACCGGCUGCGGUUCUACCUGAGCAAGGCGGACGAGGCUGGCGGGGAGUCUGACCGACAGAGAGUCAUGAUGCAGAUCGUGCAGGAGCUGUGCAAGCGACCGGGCCUCAACAAGUGUGGCUUCGACAUGCCCACCAUCUACAUCCCCAACCCCAACAAGCCGAGUCGCUGCGUCAACCAGAUCGAGGAGGUGUGUCGCACCAUCGAGAAGACCAUCAACCAGACCGUCCAGAACACGCUCAACUCCCUGGAGAAGGACUGCGAGGCGAUCAGUGAGGCCAUCACCAACACGCUCGUCUGCGACAGGCAGACAAGCGUGCAGAACCGCAGGGCUCGCUGCAAGAGCUGCCUCCUCAUGUCGCUGGGCUUCUGUAUCCCGCUGGCUCUCAUGGCGCUGCUCCUGCUGGGCACACUCUCCAGGGAAGUGCUGGAUCUGGCCUUGGGCCCUCAAGGCACCCAGGCGCUCUCGCUGUACCUGAUGCCGGUGGUGCGACUGAGCGACUCGCUAACUGCACAGCAGCAGCUGUACCUCUGCGGGGGCCUGGUCCUCCUCUCCUUCCUGCUGCUUCUCAUUCCUCGCUUUUCGUUCAGGACUCGCCCCACGCUAUCUGGCAAGCAGAAGCGGCAGCUACAGGAGAAGCUGGAGUACGUCCAGGAGGUGGCCAGGACCAAGAAGAAAUCCUUGUAUGAGGAGUACCUGCGUCAGAGUGUGAGCGACCAGGACAUGGGUCUGUAAAGAACCUUGCUAGACGCGUGGUCUCGGACCGCUGCCUCCAAUCCAAGCACUCCUCGCCAGCGUGUCAAACUGCCGCACGUCAUGUGGCCCCAGCUCAUCCUGACUGGGUUCAAGUGCAGAGUCUGGGUCGCAGUGAAACUCGACGUUUUCGUAUUUCCUUCACAAACUGUGGGUUUUUAACUAUUUAAUAAAUAAAAUGUCAGUUACGUCUGCGUGGACUCUUCAAGUGGAUUAUUCAGGAGACUGCAGUAAUCAUCUCGCCCACGAGGUGGCGCUCGAGGAGCUGGAGAAGGCACCUCACCUGAGUGAUGGGACUUGCAGACCAGC